CGGCGGCGGCGUGCGGGCUUCCUGAGGCGGGACUUCCGACGGCGUUCGCGAGCGUCUUCCGGCAACGUUAGAAAGUGGUCAGGCCGGUCUCCGGGACAUGAAGCCCCCUGGCCCCCGAGGUUGGACCCUGCUGUGACACGCCCACCAUGCAGGUGCUCCUCGGCACGCUCUGGCUUGCCCUGGCCUGCGGCUCUGUUCACGCCACCCUGUCAAAGUCAGAUGCCAAAAAGGCUGCCUCGAAGACGCUGCUGGAGAAGACUCAGUUUUCAGGCAAGCCCGUCCACGAGCGGGGUCUGGUGGUGACAGACCUCAGAGCCGAGGAUGUGGUUCUCGAGCAUCGCAGCUACUGCUCAGCGAAGGCCCACAAAAGGCACUUUGCUGGGGACAUCCUGGGCUACGUCACGCCAUGGAACAGACACGGCUACGAUGUCGCCAAGAUCUUCGGGGGCAAGUUCACCCACAUCGCGCCCGUGUGGCUGCAGCUGAAGAGGCACGGCCGCGAGAUGUUUGAGGUCACGGGCCUUGACGACGUGGACCAAGGGUGGAUGCGGGCAGUCAGGAAGCAGGCCAAGGGCCUACGUGUGGUGCCUCGGCUCCGGUUCGAGGACUGGACGUACGAGGACUUCCAGAACGUCCUGGACAGCGAGGACGAGAUCGAGGAGCUCAGCAGGACCGUCGUCCAGGUGGCCAAGAGCCAGCACUUUGACGGCCUGGUGGUGGAGGUCUGGAACCAGCUGCUGAUCCAGAAGCACGCGGGCCUCAUUCACCUGCUCACCCACAUGGCCGAGGCACUGCACCAGGCCCGGCUGCUUGCCUUCUUGGUCAUCCCGCCCGCUGUCGCCCCUGGGACCAACAAGCUGGGCGUGUUCACGCACAAGGAGCUUGAGCAGCUGGCCCCCGUGCUGGAUGGCUUCAGCCUCAUGACCUAUGACUACUCCACGGCGCAGCAGGCCGGCCCCAGCGCACCGCUGUCCUGGGUGCGAGCCUGCGUCCAGGUCCUGGACCCCAAGUCCAAGUGGCGGAGCAAGAUCCUGCUGGGACUCAACUUCUACGGCAUGGACUACUCAGCCUCCAAGGACACCCGCGAGCCCGUCAUCGGGGCCAGUUGUCUCAGCCACGUAGCCGACGUUGGAUCAAAAGCUGCAGAUGGCGUCAAGCAUCCCAAGAGCGUUGUGCUAAUUAAGUAUAACGCAAUAAUUUUGGACGAUUCGAGCUGGUUGAUGGGGGUCGUGGCUGUUCCUGGCCCAGGCCCCGUGGGAGCAAAUCCGGACGUCCCCUGGAUGGCCACCACUUCAUUUCCCACUGCUCUGUCCAGCCCCAACCCACUGCCGAUGUGCCUGCGGCUGGCCCCGAACCUCCCCCGCAACUGGAGAAGUUGCUGCUUCUCCUGCAGCACCCCAGGCCGACCCCGGGAGCGCCUGCCCGCACCACCGGCCCAGCAGGCGCCGCGCCCACAGCGCGGGGCCCGCGCUCCACCCGCACGCAGUGCCGCCAGCUCAGGGUACAUCCAGACGCUGAAGGACCACCGGCCCCAGAUGGUGUGGGACAGCCAGGCCGCAGAGCACUUCUUCGAGUACAAGAAAAGCCGCGGUGGGAGGCACGUCGUCUUCUACCCGACGCUGAAGUCCUUGCAGGUGCGGCUGGAGCUGGCCAGGGAGCUGGGCGUCGGGCUGUCCAUCUGGGAGCUGGGCCAGGGCCUGGACUACUUCUACGACCUGCUGUAGGCCUGGCCUGGAGCCGGCCUGAGCUUUUCCAAGAGACGGAGGGACUGACAGGCAAAAUACAGACUCUUCCAUUUCC